UCUUUGCUUAGUCCUAACAUGAAGACGGAAGUACUACAACCGGGUCUUAAGUACCUGCAACUGAUCGGACUGUGGGGCGAGAGGCCUCGUCCAGUCUACCGGUAUUACGUUGGCAUCGCCACUGAAAUCGUCUGCAUGUUCAUACCAAUGCUGGUGUUUGGUCCCGGAGAGGAAGGAUUCGAUUCGUUCGCCUGUUAUCUAGCUCAACUGAUUUUCCUCGGCGAAGUUGCUGUGUCGUUCCUACUGUUUCACAGUCAAGCGCGUUCUUUCGAAAAGAUGGUCGCCAUUUUAGGUGAAAUUGUAGAGCGCCUUGACAGAAAAGAUACUCAAGACGGAGUUCGCAAGUUUAUUACAAGUUCGGAGAAAUUUGGUAGAAAGUAUAACGUGUACGUUUGGCUUGUGCUAGGCACUUUUUUCAAUGUUCCUUUGAUUUUCUCUUUUGUAACAUUGUUAACAAAGCCUGAGAGCGAAAGAAGUGAUUUUGCGCGGAUAUUGAUGAUGAAGUUCUACUGGUUGGACACUCGUCGUAAUAUAGUUCACUACGGGAUUUACUGGACUCUGCUGUACUUGGCGUGUAUAUUUUCCUCUUUUCAGAGUGUACUGAAAGUGACGGUAGUUUCAACGGUUAUAGAAUAUGGUUCGAAGAUGUUUGAGUUUAUUUCUCAAAAAAUUAAGCAUCUCGAGAAAAUAGCGGACGAUAAAGAGCGGCGGCAAGAGUUACGAGAGGUUUUAGAAAUUCACCAACUGACACUGAAAUAUGCUGCACUGUUAGAGAGUUCACUUUCUUACUUAUUACUAGAUAUGUUGUCAUGUUGCAUGUUGAUGUUGUGCCUAAUGAUGUACUACCUUUCAACAACUUUUGGACCCAACGCCCUCAGUAUUAUAAUACUCUUAACAUUUUCCACCCUUGAAAUGGCAUAUUUUUGCUUUGGCGGAAACAAAUUAAGCGAUAAGGCCGCUGAAGUAGCAGAGAGCAUGUAUGCCUACGCUUGGUAUGCGGAGCCUGUGGAUAUACAAAAAGAUAUAUUAUUUGCCAUCGCCCGUUCGCAACAGUUAACGGGAAUUACCGCAGCAAGGUUUUACUACGUCAACAGAGAGAGAUUCGCUAUUAUAAUACAGGCAUCCUAUUCGUAUUAUUUGAUACUGAAAAGUGCUUUCUAGGAUGAUACCGAAUAAAAAAGCGGAAGAGGUUGAGUAAAAAAAGGGUCACAGAUACAUAGUACCUAUAUUUUAAAAGAAAUAGUUGAAGACGUUGUUUAUAAGACACGACCACAAGGUUAACGUAGAAUUAGGACAGCCUGUCUUAUGUUAAUAUUUUUUUUGCAAUAGGUUUGGAAAUACACUC